AUGUCGUCUCCCGCCUCCGCCAUCUCGAUCCCGCAGACCGCUGGCCAGCAGCGCCUGAGCCCUCCUCGUGGUCUCGCGACCACUCCACCCUCGAGCCACCCGUCUCCGCACUUUGCGGACUUGGUCCACUCGCUCUACAAUGCGUACCGCAUCCGCCGGGGCAGCGACUCGUCAUCCUCUCGCUCGGGGCACGACACGCCCAUUACGGAGCGCCCCGAGUUUGCGAUCAGCGAAGUGCAGGCUGCGAGGGCGAACGUCGGUCAACCUCGUAGGUCGAAGGCUGGGCGUGACGCAGCUCCCGGCCAUGGCCGAGCCGCCGGCUGCAUAGCAGCUUUGAUUUCGGCAUCCUUCCUUCCGAGUUACCUUCACUCCAUUGCUGUACACAGGACAAUGACCGUCACUGCGUCUCCUGCUUCGCCCGCUCAGCAGCUCGUCAUCGGCUCUCUGGAUCGCGCGGAUGACUACCAGCGCGUCCUGACCGAGCUCCAGUCCGCUGGCGCUUCGGUCGCUGGCGAGAUGGUCGAUCGUCUUCUCGACAAUGCUGCCAAGUUCCCCUCAGGCAAUCUCACCGUGCACCUCGUGCUCCCCUCCCCGAUCCCCGAGGCGCUCCUCAAGUCGAUUCCCUCCAACACAGCUGUGCGGGUAUAUGCCGACGCUGCUCCCGAGCUCGAUGCUGCGGGCUACUCCAAGGGGGCUGAGCAGGCUUCGUCUGGUGUGCUUGCAUACACCUCUCCCGCAGCUGCCGCGUCCGCUCCCGCGGCUUCCUCUUCUACUGUCCCGCUCACCCGCGCUCUCCCGCUGAGGCGAAACAAGGCUGCCAAGGCUGCAAUUUGGGCGCUCGACUCGCCCAUGAUGGAGGACGGUGGCCGCUCGCUUCUCACGCCUGAGGACCGCCAGCGACCCGAGUGUGUCUUCCCCGCUGAAGAUGGCAAGCCCGUCAAGCGUCGACGCGCGUGCAAGGACUGCACGUGUGGGCUCGCCGAGCUCGAGGCUGAGGAGGAGGCGCGCACGCAGAGUGCGGUUAAGGAGGCGCAGCAGUUCUUCCUCGAGGGAGACGACGACAUUCCGGACCACAUCAAGAAUGCAACGAUCGGCGUUGAGGGCGUGUGGCCGCAGGAGCGCCGCGCCGAGGCCAAGAAGACGAGCAGCUGUUCGAGCUGUUACCUCGGCGACGCCUUCCGCUGCGCAUCGUGCCCGUAUCUCGGCCUGCCGCCAUUCAAGCCGGGAGAGAAGGUCGAGAUUUCCAUCGGCGAUGACAUCUGA